CCUCGAAUUAUUACGACCAUCUUCCGUAAUCGCUCUCUCACAUCCUCAGUCUUGCGAUUGCACUCCCUAAACUCUCAGUUCUCUCCCCUCAUUCGUGGUAGAAGCAGCUUGCAGUCAAGAGCUAUGGCGUCGGCAGCACAGCUCCCGAAGACAAUGAAGGGGGUGUGGAUCGAGAAGACAGGUGGAACGGAAGUCUUGCAGUACAAGACUGACAUCCAAGUACCUGAAUUGAAAGAAGGAGAGGUCUUGGUGAAGAAUGAAUAUAUUGGUGUCAACUAUAUUGAUACCUACUUCCGCACCGGCCUCUACGCACCCCCCCACUACCCGUACAUCCUCGGCCGCGAAGGCGCCGGCACAAUCGCUGCCUUGGGCCCCAACACUCCCUCCUCUCUCUCCUUGAACUCUUCCGUCGUCUACAUGCACCAAUUCGCCUACGCCGAAUACACCCCCGUCCCCGCGCACAUGGUCGUCCCCCUGCCGCCCACCAUCUCACCCAAAACUGCCGCCGCCGCUAUUAUCCAAGGCCUCACGGCCCUCACCCUCAUUCGCGACGCCUACCCCGUGCAGCGUGGCGACUGGAUCCUCGUACACGCGGCCGCGGGCGGGGUCGGGCUGUGGCUCGUCCAGCUGCUGAAAGCAGUCGGGGCGCGGACGAUUGCGACGGCGUCGACGGCGGAGAAGCGGGAGUUGGCGAAGACCUACGGGGCGGAGGUGACGCUGGAGUAUUUCGAUAACGGGGAUGUGUUUGUGAAGAAGGUGUUGGAGGUUACCGGGGGAAAGGGGGUGAGUGCGGUGUUUGAUGGGGUGGGGAAGGCGACGUUUGAUGCGAGCUUGGGGAGUUUGGCGCGGAAGGGGAGCUUGGUUAGUUUUGGGAAUGCGAGCGGGGCGGUGCCGCCGGUGACGAUUUCGCGGCUUACUACGAAGAACGCCAAACUCCUCCGUCCGAACUUGUUCACCUAUAUCUCGGAGGAAGGAGAGCUAGAGAAGGCUUCAGCUGAGUUGUGGGACUUCAUUGUCAAGGAUAAGAUGGACCCGCGGAUUCAUGAGGUGUAUCCGCUCAAGGAUAUUGUCAGGGUGCAUCAGGAUCUCGAGGGCAGGAAAACAACAGGCAAGCUGUUGUUACAGCCAUAAGAUAAUCAUUCGGACUAGGAUAUAGGCAUAUGUGCUCCUUUACGCCACCGCGUGGAUAGCGCGAUAUGCUAAUUAAGAGGAUCUGAGUAUUCAAAAGCGUGUCAGGAUUUCGCUCUUGCAUUUCAUACGUCUUCUGGGAACUCCUGAUAGUGUAUUGAAGCACCUCAAACAGUACCAAGCACAUGCGCACAAGCUUCCAUUUUUCAUACCGAUGCAUUUUCACCUAUAAUACCUGCCUAAAAUCAC